AUGGGCCAGACUGUGUCGACCGCGAAUGCUGGGGCCUGUGACCCAGUCCGCCCUUCCUUCCCGUCCCUCUACUGGCCCGCGGACAGCUGCAACCAUGCCAUCUACUACCUUUGGGACUCCUGGCGCUUCACCUUGCUGUGGACUCUGAUCCUGUAUGCCAUCUUCCACAUGGGCGCCGCAGCCAUCGCUCUGGGCGUGCAGGUCGGGAAGCACCGCUCGACCUGGAAGUACCUGUGGACGGUGCCCAUCAUCUACGCCAUCACGGCUGCGCUUGAGGCGGCCUUUGCGGGAAGCAUCGUUGGGGUCCUUGUUGGUGCUGUCUACUUCAACGGAAAGCUCCACAUGUCUACCUGGAUACCCUUCAUCUGGGGAUGGAUAAAUGUCCUCGUGCUCAUCGUCUCAUCAUUCACGAUCCAGGGCGGUCUAUGA